AUGUCGUCUGUUACUGAAAAUGGUGAUGUAGCUGUUGGAAAGCCAAAUGAAGAGAAAACAUAUAAAAAGACUGCAUCCUCAGCUAUUAAAGGCGCUAUCCAGUUGGGAAUUGGAUACACAGUAGGAAACCUUACAUCAAAACCGGACAGAGAUGUUCUUAUGCAAGACUUCUAUGUAGUGGAAAGCGUCUUCCUACCAAGUGAAGGGAGCAAUCUCACCCCUGCUCAUCAUUACCCUGACUUCAGAUUUAAGACGUAUGCACCUCUUGCCUUCCGCUAUUUCAGAGAACUUUUUGGUAUCAAGCCUGAUGAUUACUUGUAUUCAAUCUGCAGUGAUCCUUUAAUUGAAUUAUCCAACCCAGGUGCCAGUGGAUCCUUAUUUUUUGUAACUAGUGAUGAUGAAUUUAUCAUCAAAACAGUUCAACACAAAGAGGCUGAGUUUCUUCAGAAGCUCUUGCCAGGUUAUUAUAUGAACCUGAACCAGAAUCCAAGGACUCUUCUGCCCAAAUUUUAUGGGCUAUACUGUGUUCAGUCAGGAGGCAUUAAUAUCAGAGUCAUUGUAAUGAACAAUGUUUUGCCACGAGCCUUGAAAAUGCAUUUCACAUAUGACUUGAAAGGAUCCACAUACAAACGGAGAGCAUCAAGAAAAGAGAGGGAGAAGUCCAACCCUACAUUCAAAGACUUGGAUUUCUUGCAAGAUAUGCAUGAAGGGUUGUAUUUUGACUCUGAAACACACAGUGCACUAAUGAAAACACUACAGCGGGAUUGUCGAGUUCUAGAAAGUUUUAAGAUCAUGGAUUACAGUCUGCUACUGGGAAUCCACAUCCUGAACAGUAAAGCAAAGGAAAAAGAGGGAGAGAAUUCCCAGAGUGCUUCAGAAACAAAACGUCCUGGAGGGCAGAAGGUUCUCUAUUCCACAGCCAUGGAGUCUAUACAGGGCCCUGGGAAGUCAGGGGACUCUGUCACCACAGAGACAACAAACACAAUGGGAGGUAUUCCAGCUAAAAGCCAUAAAGGAGAAAAGCUGCUUCUGUUUAUGGGUAUUAUUGAUAUACUUCAGUCUUAUAGGCUAAUGAAGAAGCUGGAACAUUCAUGGAAAGCUCUUGUAUAUGAUGGGGACACUGUUUCAGUUCACCGGCCAAGUUUUUAUGCAGACAGAUUUUUAAAGUUUAUGAGUACAAAGGUUUUCAAGAAAGUUCAAGCUUUAAAACCUUCGCCUUCAAAGAAACGGUGCAAUUCCAUCACAGCCCUAAAGGCAACAUCACAAGAAAUAGUGUCUACAGUCAGCCAGGACUGGAAGAAUGAAAAGUGUGGCAUUCUUGCUGAAGGACAAAGCUGCACCAGCCUUGAUGAAGAAGUACUAAGUUCUUGCCACCGUCCAGAUCUAGUCCCAAGCACUCCAUCUCUGUUUGAAGCAGCUUCCUUGGCAACCACUAUUUCUUCUUCUUCUUUGAAUGUAGAUGAACACUGUCAAUGUGAUCAAUCUAUGCUCUGUUCUAGCAGUAAAGGGUUACCUUCAAGUUCAACAUUCACUUUAGAAGACAGUGCCAUCUAUUUGACUUCAGAACAGAGCACACUGGAAAUGGAAAAUGAUAAUGCUUCAGUUUUGGAUGUCUACUUAUAACAAAGAAUAUGUGAAGAGCAGAACUAUAAGACAUGGCCAUGGUUAAUGAAGAGCACUUUCUGCAUUCCUGAUUUAAGAGGGAGGAAUUUGUUGAGCCUAAUAGCCAAAGAGUAAUGAUCAGCUGAACUUAUUCUAAGAAGAGUCAGGAUCUUGGAACCACAGUAAAGAUUAAUGGACUUAGCAAAAAAAUGACAUGAAACAUUCUACACUCCGCUAUCAUCUGCUGUUACUUGCUGGACUGUAAGGAACUCUGUAUUCAGGCUGCUUUCUGCUAUAUUGCAAAUCACCUUUUCUGGACUUGAAAGUGAUAUUUUCUUACCAGCUCUCUAGUGGUUUCAUCUGCAGGCAUUCUGAAACUGUACACGAGCAAAAUUUAUUGUCUGCUUUACCUAUUUAAAAAUAAGCAUAGUGGUGAAUAAAAUUAAUUUCAUUUGUUUUGACCUUUCUGUUCUAAUCACUUAGGUCCACAUCAGUGGAAACUGGAACUGAUGUCAUAAAAGGUUAGGAUAAACCUCUGCAUAUAUUACAUGAAAAUGAGCCUCUAAAGAUGUUUUUAUUGUUGGUGAAAAGGAGAAAAGAAGUUAUUUAUAGCAAAGCCUUAUAUUGUGUACAUAUAUUAUCUUUGAAAUAUUUUUGAUUUUAGUUUAUUUCUUGUAAAAGAGAAAUUAUAUAAUUUAUUUAGAAAAUAUUACUGUAAACUAUAGUUUUCUUGAUGAA